UCGGGGAGGCUGAGCGAGGAGGACCCUGAGCGGGGAGGCCUUUCCGCUUGGCCCGGCUGCGGCUAGCGAAAGAGAAGCGCCUAUAAAAACAGAUUAAAAUGACAGGGAAAGAAUUUCUGGACCAUCCUAUGGAGAAAAUGAUCAAUAAUUCAAGAAGAAUCUCAGAAGCCACCUGGGAAAAGAUGUUUGAAAAAUUGCCUGCACGAGAUCAAAGUUUCUUCCAAAAUGGAGGUCUCGUCCUCGCCUUCAAUUCAAGUCUCCUUGCCUUGAUAUCUAAUAACUCAUUUAGGAAGAUUCUGCACGUCACACAGGCUCGUUAUUCAGCAGUUGCAGCCAUGUCCUUAAUGCCAUUCACCACAACUACAGUUGCUUACGAGGCCAUAGUAAAACACCCUUUGAUGACAGGCAAUUUAAACUGUGAAAUCUGUGCCAUGAUGAGAGGAAGUUUAGUAGGAGCUGUCAUAGGCUAUUUCUACCCCAUAAUUAUCGCACUGCCUCUGAAUGCAUUGCUGGCUACAAGGUACUAUACUGCUCCCUUGCCAAGCAAAGAGAAUGCAGUGCGAUUCUGGGUAGCGCUCAGCAAGCCCAUUUUCAAAACGAUGAGGUUUGGUGCUUUCAUCCAAGUGGCACUUGGAGCGUACCUUGGCUCAAGACAUCAUGAAAUAUAUCUCAAAAUGACCCGCAUGCCUGAACCCGGAAGGGAUCCUCAGGAAAUCGGAGAAUAAAACUUAAAAGGUGUUUAGCUUU